GGCGUUGUUUGGAGGUCGCUUGUUGACAAGAGGAGAAGGUGACUUCUCAGGCAGCGGAGUAGCACCUAAUCUAGAUCUUUACAGAGUCUCAGAAACGCUGGAUUUUUGAUACAAAAGCAGCCAUGUCUUCAUUUGGGAGGGCAUUGGGAGUCCUUCGGACCGGAGCGCGACUGCUACGACGCGAACCCGCGAGAAUAACGAGCAGAAAGGCGAGUGGCGGACCGCACAUUGAGCCACAGUACAGACAAUACCCGCAGCUGACGAAGAAGCAGAAGUUUGAGUCGGAGCUUAUCAGUGGUGUCAUGUGGUUCUGGAUCCUUUGGCACUGCUGGCAUGACCCUGAUGCGGUUCUGGGUCACUUCCCUUGGCCGGAUGCUUCUGAAUGGACAGAUGAGGAGCUUGGUAUCCCUCCAGAUGACGAGGAAUAAGGUCACCACAAGGGAUUUGGUUUGCUGGGCGAGUCUUCGGGCUGUUCUGAAAGUCAUUGUUGUACAUAGACUUAAUAAACUUAUCUUUAAAUUAAAACAGGAAGACCAGCAUGUCAUUUCAUUACUUUUAUUUAUUUACACGCAAUUUCUGAAAUGCAUUAACAGUGUCACAGUUAGCCAGUGUUUGUAUAUUUCAAAUCAUAAGCCAUUUAAAUCUGGAAAUAAACAUUGCAAGAACCAA